AUGAACGCAUUCAUAUCAGUGAGUUCAAAAAUUUCUACCAUCAAUAUUACCGAUCAUUUGACGGGAAGAUACGACUCACUUAAUAUUUAUAUAUUUUUAACUGGCGAAGUCGUACCGAAACUGAUUCUUGCUUGCUUUAUUCUUGGUCUAUUUGGCUUUCUUGUUAAUAUGUUCACAUUUCUUCAACCCGAUCUUCGCUCGAAUGCGUGUUGCAUCUAUACACUUUCAAGUUCGGUCAUUGAUAUUGUUCAUUUAUCAGUGAACAUUUUCCCAAAUUACCUCGGAUUUCAAUAUAACAUCCCAAAUCCGUGGAUACAAUCCUUUACUCUAUGUAAAUUGCAUUAUUUUCUGUACAAUUUCUUCCCACAAUUGGCUACUAACUUGCUACUUUUGAGUAUUAUCGAUCGAUAUGCGUGUUCAUGCGGGCUGACAUCUUGGAUUACUCGAUUGAAUCAGUACAAAAUGAUCCCACGACUGAUGACGAUGAUGGUUAUCAUCAGCGGAAUUUUUUCUAUUUACGCUCCUAUCUUUGGCACAGAUAUACCACAAAUCUGUGGAUUUCAUGAGAAAGAAGUAUACGGAAUAUUGACUAUUUUAAUUAGUGGUGUUUUACAACCAAUUGUAAUGCUACUGUUCGUGCUGUUGACUUAUCAAAAUAUUCGUCAACGCCGUCAGCGCGUAGUGAGGUGUGGCAACAAAGACUGGUGUCCAGCGGUUUCGACAUCAGUUUGUAAUAAUGAUAAUCACUCAAGUUUUGGCUACAGCUUUCUUUUCCCUACAAUGGAUGAUUGUACAGACUUACAUUCUGUUCCGCAAUGUGAAUUCAACGGAAAACAAAACCAGGAAAUCAUGAAAUACUUAUUUGUUCUCGCCUGCUUAUUAGCUGUUUGUUUAACAGUCAUCUACGGUCAAGCCAGCUCAUCACGUGCAACUGGCCGAUCAACAAAUGUUCCUGCGACAACCAACCGUCCGGCUAGUACAACAGGAGGCAGUAAAUUAUCCUGUGUUUGUUCAUGCUGUUCAGGUCUUCGAUGUAAACCAGUUCCUCUUCAAUCGUUUCCUGAUGCUACAUGUACAACAAAAGCAUGCAAAGAAAAAUGUAAAAUCUUUGAACCAAAACACUGUGAUCACACAUUUAUGGGUACAAAUGAUGCUUUCUGUACUGUUAAAGUCUAA